AUGGCACCCAUUUACAUGGUAAAUAUCGUGUUGUUGAGCGUUGUUGCAAAAGAUACGGAAAAUCAUGUUUAUCCAAUUGUUUUUUGUGUCGUGGACAAAGAGAAUGAUGCAUCUUGGACAUUCUUCUUUGAGAAAUUGAAGGAGAUGAUGGUCGAUGAACCAGAUUUCUGCUUUAUCUCCGAUAGACACAAGAGCAUCACCAAAGGCAUUGUGAAUGCUUACAAUCAUGCUCACCACGGAUAUUAUUGUAUGAGGCACCUCGAACUCAAGAACAAAUGUCCCGCGGCAGUCAUCGUCCUUGAGUAUGAUAUUGGUUUAGUGAAGUGGGGCAGGGCACAUUUUCCUGGCAAUAGAUAUGAUGUGAUGACCACAAAUAUCGCCGAGUCACUCAAUGCUAUGUUGAUAGACGAAAGGGAGUAUUCUGUGGCAUCAAUAUUUAAUUCGAUUGCUAAGAGGUUUGGAGAAUUGUUCAGGGAGAGGCAUGCAUAUAUCCUUAAAUCAGUGGUUAAUCAAAUGGUGCCUUCUGUUGAAAAAAUUGCAAGAAAGAAAAUGAUCGAGGGCGGCUCCUUAUAUGUGGAGAACGUAAUCGGGGACGGCAAUCAAUUUACUGUGUUCGGUGCAGGUUUUACUACCUAUGUGGACCUACUAGAAAAGUCAUGUUCUUGUAGAGAAUAUGACUUGAUCAAGAUACCUUGUGCUCACGCGAUGGCCACUUUGCGAUCGAAGCAUGGCAAUGAGUAA